UGGCCAAGGUAUCCUGAUGCAAUUAGCUUUUUAUCUUUGAGCGACUGAUUCUGGAGUGCCUUGACAUAUAUAGUAUAGUAGCCACCACCCCCAACACACACAUGUCAAUGCAGUCCUAAAAUAAUCUCUGAAAGCACAGCUGAGCCCUGGCGUUCCUCCCCCCGCUGUUGUCAUUGCUUCGACCGCUGCUCUGCCCCGUGUGUUCUCUACAACGCGUGUGGAUCCGCUAAAAUAAUGACGAGAUUUAGUUAUUCUGAGUAUCUAUCGCAAUUUUGUUAUGGUGGGAACAAGGGCAACACAUCUUUAAGCAAAUUAUCGAGCGAUGAGAAACGAUGCGUUGAGCGGCGACGGCAGAACGACAUUACGUCAGAGUCAGCGGAGGAUGUAGAGCCAAUAGUGUUUGCCAUCCAGAGAGGAGAUGCUCAAACUGUGAAUGAGCUGUCAGUGGCUGCACCACUCAGCCUGAUGAAAGAGAACAAAGACGGAUGGAUACCUUUGCAUGAGGCUGCAUAUUAUGGCCAAGCUGAAUGCAUUAAGGCACUGAUGAAAGCCCAACCAGGGUCAGUUGACAAGCGCACCCUCCAGGAACAGACUGCUCUGCUCCUGUCAGUUUCCGGUCAGCACUUGUCCUGUGUGCAGUGCCUUCUACAGGCAGGGGCAGACCCCGACAUCAGCUGCAAGAACAAAGAGACCCCCCUAUACAAAGCAUGUGAGCGGGAGAACGUGGAAAUAGUGAGUCUCAUCCUGUCAUUCGGGGCCACAGUGAACCAGAGGUGUCACCGGGGCUGGACAGCACUCCAUGAGGCAGUGUGCAGGGACAACAUGGAGAUCUGUGAGAUGCUGGUUAGGGCAGGAGCCACCAUUAAUCCUCCUAAUACCUACAGCAUCACACCACUAAUAGUAGCAGUCCAGCAAGGACGUGUAGAUGCCCUACGGUACCUCAUUAGGAAAGGUGCUGACAUUAACAUGCAGACAUGUGACGGUGCUACAGCCCUGUAUGAGGCCAGUAAAGAUGGCCACAUGGAGAUAGUGGAGCUGCUACUAUCUCACAACACAGACGCCAACAAACCCACCAAGACAGGACUCCUACCUCUACACAUUGCUGCUCAGUAUGGACACCAUGAGAUUGUGUCCCUGCUUGUCCCGGUCACCAGUCGGGCCAGAGUUCGCCACAGUGGAAUCAGCCCCCUCCACCUGGCUGCAGAGCACAACAGGGACAUGGUCACAGCCAUACUGCUCAAGACAGGAGCCGACGUCAAUGCCACACUAUCCCACAAUCGCUCCAUGCGGUAUUCGGAUCACCGCACCACACCACUUUACUUUGCCAUUGCCAAUGGGAGCAGUAAGACAGUAGAAAUGUUACUGAAAGCUGGUGCUAAUCUGAGCCUGGAUCCAGUCAACCCUCUACUAGCAGCUGUAAGACACGGUUGUGCCAGGAUUGUCUCUUUACUGCUGGAGCAUGGGGCCGAUAUUAACACAAGUAUCCCAGCCUGUCCUACCACCUUCCCUGGUGCUAUUGUACUCUGCCUGAAUAACCUACCUCUUCUCAAGUGCCUUUUGGAUAAGGGCUGUGAUGCCCAGGCCUGCUUCAGAUGUGCUUAUGGUUGCGGCCCACAUCCAGCACAGGACAGCAUGAGCAGCAUAGGUGUUGACAUCAGCAAAUGCACCAAUGACAUGUCUCUUCUAACCUGCACAGAACCUGCUGUCAGCAAAGUACAGUUUUGUGAGUUGAUCUCACCACCAUCCAUGUGUAACUGGGAAGGGCCCAUCAUAGACUUGCUGCUGGACUAUGUUGGUAAUGUUCAACUGUGUGCCAGACUCACCGAGGUCCUGGGCGGCCGGCGAGAAUGGCCCAGCAUCAAGGCCAAGUCAUUGUCAUCCCGUCCACUGAUGCACCUAUGUAGGUUAAGGAUCCGUGAGCAGGUGGGUGUGUCCAGACUAAGGUCUUUGGACAGACUACCCCUCCCAGACAGACUGCUGCAGUACCUCAGCUUGCCCAGACACAGCUUUGAUGACUUCUGCCCUGAUGGCAAAUAAGGCUUAUCAGUGUCCUGUGUUGUGCCUUAUAGUAUAUUACCUGUUUACAGGAGUUUGAGCUGUAUUUAUGGGUUAGUAAUUAUUACUUGAUAGGGUAAAAUGUGUGUAAUGGCAAACUAUGUGUGUGUGUGUGUUGUUUGCACAUAGCAUGUGUGUAUGGAAGUGAGCUGCAGUUCUGAGUGGAUGGGUUGACAAAUGACAACAGCCUAAAGCCACAGCAGUUGAUAAUCUCUGAAGAAGUGCAACAAAACUGAGCUUAAAUGAAACUCAAGGUAAGCUUUUAAAAUACCUGUGUCAUUUAGAUGUUUAGGCCCAGGCAAACAAAUGCAGACAAUCAGUUUGAUGGUUUAUGGAAUGUACUUGUAUAUUCAGCACUAAUUUUGUAAUAUGCUUUUAAAGUGUGUUUUUGCAAUGAGUGUAGGCCUAUAUAAUAGUCCAGUUGUUGUUGUAAUGUACUGUAAAUGUCAGUGCCAAAAUGUAUGAUCCUGUAUGAUUGUAUGAUUGGAAAAGGUGCUGGAACCAAAGAAAGAAAUCGAAACAUCUGCAUUUUAUUUUAAAAAAUAAAUGUAAAUUCUCCAUUUAACAAGUAUUAUUUACAAACAGAAAAUAUCCAGAAAUUCUGGGGGGGGGGGAAACGUCACUGUCAGUCUGUUUACCUUUUGUGGAAAAAUAUCAGUGAAGUCAUUUCGAUCAAUUAGUUUUUAAAUCAGUGUAUUUUAGAAAUAUAUAGCCUACACAAACACCAUGAAGUAAUCAACACACAAGCAGACCUUUCCUUCAGUAUAGCUGAUCACAAAUAAUCAAAGAAUGGACAACUUCGAAUGUCACUCCAAUCCUAUACCAACACAUGUGAAGUAUAGAAUUAGAGAGAAGGAUGAUGAAGUAUAGUCUACAUUUUUCAGUUUUAUACAGUGCUAUGAUUUUAUCAUGAAUUCCUCUUAGAUUAUAUGGAAGCCAAGUGGUAGGUAGGCUAACGUUGCAGGUCUUCUGAGCAGAAAUAGCCUAUUUGGUCAAUGACUGAGUACUCUUAAAAAAAAGAGAAAUACCAAGUUUUAAAUAAAAACAUAUGGCAUUGCAAAG